CACCCCCGCCUUCCACAGCCCACGCUGCCUACUGCCCAAACAACGAACCCCACACAUAAGACCGGCAAAUAGAGCUUGCGUGCAAGAUCAAUUUACCUUCACCGAUGGCCGUAUCCUCUGCCAGAUUUAAGGAUAGGCUACUCGCUCACAUUAAUCAACAUGUUUCCCUCGUUAGCUCUUGGUUUCCUCGUGGCCGGCAUUACUGCAGUCGCUGCAGCCAGCAGCAGUAGCUGCGUCGGAAAAAUCUCAUCCUUAGACGACGUUAGCAGUGCUAUCCAAUGCACGACGGUCAAUAUUAAUGUGUUCACCGUCCCUGGUGGAAAAACAUUCGAAUUGCAGCUGCUGGACGGUACCACUGUCAACGUUUUGGGCGAGAUUCAGUUCGGAAAUUUAAGCUGGGCCGGUCCCCUAUUCCGGGUGAUAGGGAAUGAUGUUACUUUCAAUGGAAACAACCAGAGGUGGGAUGGUGGAGGACCUUUUUACUGGGAUGGUCAAGGUGCCGGUAUCACAACACCACACCCAAUGAUGCAAAUAUCAAUCUCGGGCACCUUGAACAACGUUUAUGUCGUAAACUCUCCCUCCUCCGCCUUUGCGAUCACAAAUCCAGGACCUCUCACUAUCUCUGGCGCCACUGUCGAUGAUUUGCAGGGUAACUAUCCCAACUCGCGAAGCGGAAACGCCACUGCUGCACACAACACCGACGGCUUUGAUGUUAGCGGUAGUGAUAUACUCAUUCAACAUUUGCACUUACGGGGAUUCAGCACUGUCCUCAAUCAGGACGAUUGUUUAGCUAUCAACAGUGGAACAAAUAUCACAUUUGCCGACAACUACUGUGAAUAUGGUCACGGCAUCUCCAUUGGCUCCAUCUCAUCAAACGCCGUCGUCUCCGAUAUCAAGAUAAUCGGAAACCAUGUUGUUAGCAGCGCAUUCUCGUUCCGUAUCAAGACCGAUGCAUCUGCGACAAACAGUAUAGUGAAGAACGUUACGUAUAGCGACAAUACUGCAACCAACUGUACUGGUUUUGGUGUUCUGAUCACCCAGGUACGCGUUAUCUCUGUAUGUUUUCUUUCAGUUUUACGUGGACGAGGGUUUCACGGGUUGUCUCAGGAUAUCAACUUCAACCAUGGCACUACUUCUGUGACGGCCAACCGCGGCGCUUACAGGGUUGCAGUGAACUGUGGAAGUGGAUCGUGCACAGGUGACUGGGAUUGGUCUGGUUUGCAGACAAGUGGUGGUAAAGCUGGAUCCAUCGUCAACAAUAAUCUCAUUGCUGGAUUCGUUGACACACGGUGA